GCUGACAUACGCGGCGGCCGGCAGUCGCGAUAGUGAAUAUUGUGCCGACGCCGCCCAAACAGUGUGCGCACACGAUGAACACCAUCCGUUCGUGUUUCGCCAUCACAGUCGCGUUUCUCGUUAUCGCGAUCGGUUGGUGGGCCGCCGACGCUGUGGUCUGUUGCAACAGUAGUUCAGGGGCGAGGGGUGGCAGAGUCGUCGUAGCGUCAUGUCGGAACAAAAAUCGGACGUUCCACACGGUCGAGGCGGUCGGCGGUGGCACGUGCGAUGACAACUGGACGGCUGUGCCGGUCCGGAAGUGCUGUCCGCUGGGCCAGUCGUACAAUCCGAAAGUGCGGUUCUGCGGACCGGCCGGGUCGGGCGGUGACAAGCACCUGUGGCGUAUGAUGCAGCGACUGAGGGACGGAUCCCGGGAGAUGGCCGAUGCGUUGAUGGUGGGUUACGAUUAUGAGCAACCACUUUGUGACGCAGGGUACGUGCUAGUCGACCUGCCCGCCGAGGAGGUGCUGAUGGAAAGUUACCCGUCGGUCUCCGGGUUUCCGGAGGAACGCUGUUUCGACCUUACGCCAUCCGAUGAGCUGGUGGCCCGGACGUGCCGGCCACGCGACCAGAUCUGUGGCCAGGAUAAUUACACGUGCGUCCACAGGUGCUGCAGGGGCGACCGGAUGAUAGGCCCCAAUGGUCCAGAGUGCAAUCAAAACGAGGAGCCGUUCACGAUGUCCGCAUAUGAAACAGACGAGGACGGCCGUCCGAUAGGCAGUUCGAACAGCACGGUGCUGCCGUACUAUUUAGAAUUAAAAUGUUCACGCAGAUACAAAGUGUACAACAGGUUCCAGUUGACCGUGGAUGGCAGCCUUUACCUUAACGACGAAGACCAGCUCGUACCGGACACGGAAUACUGCGUGGAAUAUCAGGUUUCUAUCUUCGGACGGAAGAUAGUGACGUCCAUGUGUGCCGUUGACACCGUGUUUGAGAUCCGACAAACAAGUUACGAAUCAAUUCCCUUAUUCUAUCGGGCAAGUUACGUGGCGUCUGCCGUGUGCCUGGUGCUCACGCUGAUCCUGUACAACACACUGCCCAGCCUCCGGAACAUCCGCAACUAUUACGUCAAGUGCUACAUGCACCACCAGUUCUUGGCGUGCAUCUGCGUAUUUUACCAAAUGAGUAUAGAAAGAGAAAAAAAAGAAGAAAAGUGCAUGCUAAUCGGUUAUAUUACUUUAUUUGUAUUUCUGUCAACAUUAUGCUGGUUAAACGUAAUAUGCUUCGAUAUUUACUGGAAGAUAAGAUACAACAUUUCAAGAAACAGAAAUACAUCAACAUCAGUACGUAGCAUUAUGUAUCAUUUUUACAGUUGGGGCCUUCCAAGUACUAUCGUAUAUACUGGUUAUCAUUUACUUGUGUUCACACAUUACGUAUCUCAACAAGAAUUAGCACCCUAUUUUCAAAUACCAGGGGAUGGCUGCUUUUAUUACCAUAUGAUUGGCUACGGACGUUUAAUUUUCUUCCUGAUACCAAUGUGUAUUAUGCUGACUGCCAAUUUAAUUUUUUUCUUGCUAACUGCUAUUCAAUGUUCGAGAAUUAAAUCUGAAAUCAAUAAUUUCAACCCAACAGAUUCAAAAACAGAAAGUUUUCUUGCUAACAAAGAGAUAUUUGUAAUGAGCAUCAAACUAUUUCUGAUUAUGGAAUUUCCAUAUUUGCCUUCGAUACUAUCCUUUUCCUUAGAAAGAGAAGAGACCAAUUGGUACAUUAUGCAUGUAGCUAGCAGUCUACAAGGAGUAUUGAUAUUUAUUGUAUUUGUGGCCAAACGCAAAGUUAUUAUGGACUUAAGAAAAAAGUUUAGAGAUUUAAUGGAUUACAGUGAACCGACACAAAUGAACAAUAUCUCUGGAUCGUCAUAAAAGCGGCAAUGGGCAGUUCUCAUAAAAGUUAUAAUGAUUUAUAAAUGCAAUAUGUAUAUAUUAUAAUGCAGAUAUUAUUAUAUUAAGACUCUAGGCCCUGGAUCAUAAAAAAAUCAUUAUUUUUGUACCU